CAGAUCUGGGUGAUUUGCAGACGAUUGCUGGGAACUUAGGCGCAGGGGUGUACACUGACUCCUGAGCUUCCACGAGACUGAGAACUAGCGUGGUCUGCGUGACAUUGCAAGCAGAAGCUGUCUGCCUCGGAUACCACUGAGGGCCUGCUCUUACCCGAUGCAAACACACCAGAUGUCGGACGCCAUGGCCAAGCCCGCAGGAGCAGAGCCGGUCUCCAGAGCCGGGGAGCUCUGCCAUGAAUGUGGGCAGUCCCACUUGCUGCCAGAUAAUCACCUCUAUAACUUCCAGGACGAAGUCGAUGACGACCUGACUUGCCACAUUUGCCUUCAGCCGUUGCUCCAGCCGAUGGACACACCUUGCGGACACACGUACUGUUUUAAGUGCCUCGAAAACUUCAUGCAGGAGUACAACUUCUGUCCAAUGGAUCGCAAAAAACUGUCUUUCCAGAGCUGCCGGAAGUCCAGCCUUCUGGUGAGGAACCUUCUCGAUAAGCUCAUGGUCCAUUGCCCCUUUCACGACGACUGCAAGCUGACCAUGCAGCGCUGCGAGCUGGAGGCUCACCUGCAGAACAGGUGCCUUGGCUUCCGGAAAUACAAGGCUCAGCUAGAAAGGAAAAAGAACCCUCGCUCCAGAAUGAAGGCAGAUUCUCUUGCGAGGCAGGAAACAAGUCUCCCUAAGGAGCCCGAGGUGUCAACAGGAAUGCCCUCCCUGGUGGCCGGAAACUCAGUGGCUGGCGUGGCAUCCUUGGAGACUCCGGAGCCGGGGCUGGUUAAUCCCGCCUUCGACGGCAGCGAGGAAGAUUUGCCCCAAAGAGCAAGUCUCCUAGCAGAGACAAUUACAAUUGAAAUCCACCGAGAAGACCCUGAAGAAGAACUCGGCAUGAGGAUAGUUGGGGGUAAAGACACUCCUCUUGGCAACAUCGUCAUUCAAGAAGUUCUUCGGGAUUCAGUUGUUGCUGCAGACGGCAAGAUAGCACCUGGAGACCAUAUCCUAGAGGUGAAUGGCGUCAACAUCAGCAGCGUGACUCACGGCCAGGCUGUCUCCCUGCUGCGCCAGCCUCGAGCUGUGCUCCACUUCACCGUGCUGCAAGAGAAAGGAUUCACCAGCAGGGCUGGGCCGCUGGAUGCCAGUCCGGUGAACCAGGAAGUGAUCCACGUUACCCUGGUCAAGAGGGACCAGACUGAGCCCCUUGGCAUCAAGCUGAUCAGGAAAACGGACGAACCGGGGAUUUUCAUUCUGGAUCUCCUCGACGGAGGCUUGGCAGCCAAGAAUGGGAAGCUGAGUCAGAAUGACAAAGUCCUCUCUAUCAAUGGCCAGGACUUGCGUCAGGGGACACCUGAAGCAGCCGCGCAGAUCAUCCAGAUGAGUGAAGCAAGAGUCAACUUCGUGGUUCUCCGUCAGCUUGGCGGGCAGCUCUCAGAUGCUGUGGAAGAUGGGAGCAUGUCAAGCGGCAGCAGUGGGGGAAGCCCCAUACAUGGCUCCAGGCGAUUGCAGCAGCCACACUACCAGCGCAAAACCGGCUUCCAGAAGGCACUCCCUCAAGGUUACCUCAACCACGAGAAAGUAGUUAUCAUAAAAAAGGAGCCCAAAGAAUCUCUAGGAAUAACGAUUGGUGGCGGGAGAGAUGCUAAACACAGACUCCCCAUUUACGUAACUAGUGUGCAGCCUGUUGGAUGUCUCUUCCGAGAUGGUAGGAUCAAGAAAGGAGAUGUACUUCUGAGUAUCAACCAUGUUGAUUUGACUCAUCUGAGCUACAAUGACGCGGUCUCGGCACUGAAAGCAAAUGCUGCGCUGCACACAGUCACACUGAAAGCCUUGGAAAUUGUGGCCCCAGAGCAAGCGUCGGAGUCCCCCGAGGGUCUUGAUGGAAGAGAACUUGGGUUCAGCUGGGCUCCACUCUGGACCAUGUGGCUUGGAUUGCCCAGCCACCUUCACUGCUGUCAAGAUAUUAUCCUCCGCAAAAGCAACCCUGAAAGCUGGGGAUUCAGCAUCGUCGGCGGCUUUGAAGAAAACAAAGGGAGCCAGCCGUUCUUCAUCAAAACCAUUGUGCCCGGAACCCCCGCCUACCGAGACAAAAGGCUGAAGUGCGGGGAUGAGAUCGUGGCCGUGAACGGGACGUCCGCUGUCGGAAUGAGCAAUGGCGAGCUCAUCCCCAUGCUGAAGGAACAACGCAAUAAAGUAACCCUCACAGUGGUCUCUUGGCCUGGUAGCCCUGUCUAAGAAGUAAACCCUAAUCCAAAGUUUAAUUGAGGAACUAUUUGGUGCCAGCCUCAAAGCCUGGCAUGAGGCCCCAACCAAGGAAACAUAGAGCUGGUCACCAGGAGUCCCAUUCCUAAGCAAACAAGAAAUGUAGCUUCUUGAUAGAAUCGAGUUUUAGGCCCAACUAGCUCCCUCUGAAGGAAGCCCAUGCCCUAGCGAGCCGUUUGAGUUGUCAUUUUAUGAGUGUUGUUUUUCAUGGCCUUUCAUGUGUUCCACAGGUGAACUCUGAGCCUAAAACUCCUGUUUUAAUCCUGCUCAGAUCAAAGAUGACAGGUAGAGCUCGUAAAGGUGUGCACAAUGAAUGGUGGCCCUCUGUUGUUGCCCUAAUAUUUAACUUUGGUGGCAACUUUGACGAUGUCAACUAAUAAAUACAGCAGGUGCGCUUCACCGCGGCCAUUGUUCCUUUUCAUGGUAGACGGGAUGGAAACAGGAAUUGUUGUUUCAGUCUGCAUCACAAUACGGGGUCCCCUGUCUUCAGCUCUGUUCAAUUCCAAGUCAUUUGCUAUGUAAAGUUUGCCUCUAUUCCCUGGCAAUUUCUGUGAAAGGGUGUGAGAUGCUUGCGUGAAGCCUGCUUCAGUAGCUACCUUCUGCUUUAAAGUUGGAUGUUCUCUGCUGUUAAGAAUGAGGGUUGGGAGCUGUGGAAUAGUUUGGGAAAGCGCAGAGUUGGUGGGAUGCUCUGCCCUUCUCCAGUUGUAUUCUUUCCCCCUGCCCAGCUCUGUAGAGAAGCGCCAAAAUCUAAGUUGGUCCUGCCACUACCCUGUCCAGGUGCGCCCUUCCCAGAAAGAGGGAAGAAAGAGAGACAGCUUGUCAUUUCAUCUAGUUUGAAAGAAAUGAAUCAAAGCAGCCUCUCCUUUGUUGUCUUUUACCUGCCCACAUCCUGAUCUUUUUCAAAAAGGUAAAAAGCCACCUUACAUCAUGGGUCUUUCCUUGUUAACUCUUUCUUCAGGGUUCACGACCCAAGAAGCUUUAGCAUCCUUUCCCUCAUCCUAGACUCUGUGCUGUUAGCAAUUGUAGAGGAGGUGGAAAUUCCAACCUGCCCAGGCCUUCCUGACAUAUAGAGGAGAACAUGGAAAUUGUAGGUAAAGGUCAUUAUAUAGUUGCUAAAUAAAUGGAGGGGGCCUUUUGCUCCCACCAGGCACCAAAUAAAACCUUAGUACAUUGUUCUCCUCUUCUCCACACAACCCCCUCCAGGCUCGUCCCUAAAGGGAGGGUUGCCCAGUUAUAGUAUCGGUUCAAGGUCUUGGUUUUCUGGUAGCUGUUGCAUAGCCUCCCAAGGGGGUCUGCAUGCUGUUAGAUUAGGAGUGGUUACACACCAAGAGGACGUGCUUGUGGAAGCUUCAUCCGUGGUGUGGGCUGCUCUUCUCAGCUGGGUUUCCAGGUCCAUAGCGUGCAGCUUGCUGUUCUUCUCUGCCUCAACUUAAGUGUCAGGACGCAUUCCACAAAGAGGCGCAAUGUCUGAAUGGGCCUUGCCUGGGGCCCUUUCAUGCGGGGGGCAUGCACACAUGCAGGUCUCUGUACUGCCUGGGGUUGCAGGCCGACUGUUUGCCGGAUGGGUUUCGCACCAGCUCUCCGAUGCCCUUCAGCUCCGCCCUUUUGCAGAAUGACAGUUCAAGUGAAACUGCCUUCUCCUUCUGACAUAUCGGAACAGCGGUCAGUUCUCAUGUGGAGCAGGAAUGUGAAAAUCCCCCAAGGGAGACCAGAUCAUGCCUUUAAAUUGGAGGUGGUUGUGCGCACGCACAGAGUUGUGUUACCAGCCAUUGCCGGUGCCCUAUUUGUGGGGACGGUGGUGUGGUGAUUUUCAAAGGGAGGUCCGUCCGCACGCCACCCGAGUGUGGGUGCAUGCAAGGGGUUAGCGCUUCCGUGAAAGUGUGGUGCUAAUGAACAUACAUUUCUCUCUCUGCGGUGUGCUGAUCAGGACAAUUCCAGCCAGCUCCCGGCCAGGCUCCUGCGGCCUCUGUAACGUUUGUCCCUUGUAACUGCUGCAAAGAGGGAAUCCAAUGCCUCUCCCCCAACGAGCAGCACCAUUUCACUGUGUUGACUUAUUUCAAGGUGCCUUUAAUGUUUUCCAGGAAUUCUAGUAGCUAUUAAAUUGCUUUGUACCAAAGAAUUUGUAGAAACGUGACAGAUUUGACACUGUUUUGAUGCAUUUAUAAAUUAUUCUGAGAUUACUGACA